UGCAGAGAAGUGGCCCGGGCCUGCCAGUUCCUGCUCUCCAAGCGGAUGGCAGAUGGUGGCUGGGGAGAAGACUUUGAGUCGUGCGAGCAGCACGUGUACGUGCAGAGUGCCGCUUUGCAGAUCCACAAUACGUGCUGGGCCCUGCUGGGACUCAUGGCUGUCAGGUACCCUGAUAUUAGUGUGCUGGAAAGGGGCAUCAAAGUGUUGAUCGAUAAACAGCUGCCCAACGGGGACUGGCCUCAGGAGAACAUUGCUGGAGUGUUCAACAAGUUGUGCGCCAUCAGCUACACCUCCUACUGCAACGUCUUCCCCAUCUGGACACUGGGGCGUUUCUCCCGGCUGCAUCCCAACAGCCCUCUCGCUGGGCAGCUGCAGCCCAGAUCCUCCUCUGGGGCAGGGAAAGCCCCAGAGGAGGCCUGGUCUGCCUGAGCCUGGGCCACUGCAGACACUGUGGCCUCCAAAUUGUCUCUGCUAUCGCCUGCCACGUGGGGGCACAGGACUAUUUCAAGCAAGAUCUCAACGCUGGUCUUACCACAGCCCUGGACCAGUGCAUCUCCCAGGGAGGAGAGUGCCAGCAUGGUGCCACUGGGUCCCCGUUUGCUUUCUGUUGACCCUUUUCUAAGAAUCAGCUUUUUAAAAGCCUCUGUCUGGGUAUAUCCUCCCCCACAGGACAUGCAGCAGGGUGACUUUUUGGAUCAAACUGGUGACCUGAGAAGAGAAAGCUGCCCAGCUAUAUUGUAUUAGACAUCUAGACAGACUUGAUCUCUCAUCCUUGGUAGAGCAAAGCUGUUUUUAUCUUCCCCUUGUGCUGUCCUGGCUCUCUCAGGUUGGCUGUCUGCAGCAAGAGCCUGGGAUUUUGGGCUUUCCCUGUGCCCAGCAUUGUGAUGGGGUGCUCUACAUGCCCUGCUGAACCAGCCUCCGCUGUGUGAGCACCAACAACUGCCUUCAAAGUGCUCUCUGCUCUGGAGCCGUCACUGGGAGGGGAAGAGCAUCUGUCCCCUCUCCGCUGGUUAGGAAAGAGGAGUGCUUCACCUGUUUUUCUGCUCUUCUGCCCCCCAGCCAGUGGCACCUGGCUUCCCAGAGCCUCACGGGUGAGGUUGCCAGCAUCGUUCCCACUUUGAAAAACCGGACACAAAAAACAAGGCAGAAAGCACUGAGGUGGUCAGUGUUAGAGGCACAGCCUGGUCCCCUGGUCUCCAGCCAGGCACGCUAGUUUUCUAGCAUGGAUGAGUUGCGCUGGAGGCUGUUUUGUGCCUUCUGGCACCCUCCGUCACGGGGAGGGGAGGGAUGCCCCUGGGCAGCUGUGUGCCUGGGACAUUUCCUUUUUGUCAUCAGAGCUGGAAGUCGUGCUGAGUGGCCGAUUAAUAAAUUACUAAUGGUGUUGCAUGUGGUA